CUAAGGGGGCGGGGAUAACACUACAGCAAGUUUCCGGGUAGCAAUGAUGCACCACCAAACGAAAAAUCUUUUAUUUUAAAACAUACAUUUUUAAAAUACCGUAUUUCGUUGAGGACAGCAUUGGGCUCGGAAAGCACAGCAAUGGGUUUGCGGACUAUUUUGAAGAAGAUGAAACAGAAGGAGCGCGAGAUGAGGCUCCUCAUGUUAGGUCUGGACAACGCUGGGAAGACGACCAUCCUGAAGAAGUUUAACGGGGAGGACAUCACGACCAUCUCUCCCACACUGGGCUUCAACAUUAAAACACUGGAGCACAAAGGGUUUAAACUCAAUAUCUGGGAUGUAGGUGGUCAAAAGUCUCUGCGAUCCUACUGGAGGAACUACUUUGAGAGCACAGACGGGCUGGUGUGGGUGGUGGACAGCGCAGACAGACUCCGACUGGAGGACUGCAGGCAGGAGCUCAGUGCCCUGCUGCUGGAGGAGAGGUUAGCUGGUGCAACACUGCUGGUAUUUGCUAACAAGCAGGACCUACCAGGGGCUCUGUCUAAAGAAGCAAUAAAAGAUGCACUGGCCCUAGAUGAAAUCAAGAGUCAUCACUGGUGCAUCAUUGAUUGCAGCGCGGUAACGGGGGAACACCUGUUAGCUGGAGUGGACUGGCUUCUAGAUGAUAUUGCUGCAAGGAUCUUUACCUCUGACUAAUGACUGUGCCAACUGCACCUGGAAUAUUUAGUACCAUUUGUUUGAUGCCAUUACUUUGCAGUCAAAUCUGUGCCUCAUUGGUUUCCAGCUUCAAUAAAUAUAUUUGUUUCCACAAUAAGGUAAAGCAUACCUGACUUCAGAUUGAGUUACUUGUGCACUCAAACUGCAUAAUUAAGUUGAUAAAGAAUCAAACCAACCAUUUUGACAUGUCAAUUUAAGGACCCUGUAUUUUUAAAACUAGGGAUAAAAAUCCAAAACCCACAGGAUUAUGAAACUCCAGGGUUAUGUUUUAGGAAAAUUACUCAAGCAAAUUUAUUUUCCAAUAGUUGGCAUGUCCAUACCAAGCACUGGUUCUUAUGAAAACAAAUGGACGAUAAAAAUGCAUGUUUAGGCACUCAGGUUCAGAGAUGAGUGGUAGAUUUCAGUCCGGUAGCAA